AUUGCAUCUGAAUCACUUCAAUUACAUUACUAUCCAUUUUUUGCCUUAACUAUUUAUGUUAAGUGUGAAAGUAAGGUUGUUGUGGACCUGUUUCGGUCUGUCUCUCUCACCCUCCCUCUCUCUCCCUCUCUCUCUCUCUCGGUGUCUCAGAGCAGCAGGGGGGAUAGGAGCAGAAAAGCCUCGGGUCUUGUACAAGGCAGUUUCUACAGCCGUAUGCUUGGCUUCAGUUUUACGAUUGAACCAUAUUUAAUGGCAGCAAUUGACCGCGGGAGCAGCAGGUAGAAUGCCCCAGGACCCACGGUGUAAGGGUGCAUUCUGGUGAUUUUGGAGUAUCGGGGGAUGGUGCCAAUAUCCACAGCAGGAUAAUACACAGGAGCAAGCUAGCUGGGCUAGCUGGCUGGAGUGAAAACCAGUGUGAAUACGGACUUCCGUGAGGAAUUUAGUGAGCAGUUACCGGACGGGUUAAGGGGCUCCUGUCGGAACUGUGUUCGGGUCCCCUUUGGUCAUUUAUACUCCAGGGUUUGCUCUGUUCUGAGCUCACAGCCCGGCCGAGGGCUCGGAGACAGAGGAAGUAACCAAGGUGGGCUGUCUGUCUCUGUGAGGAAGCCCCCCCAACCUGACUAUGAAUCCUAUGAACCCCAUGAAGGCUGGACUAUCAAACAACCCCCACAACGACGGUUCGUACCCCUAUGACCCCUCCAGUUGGCAGCAACAGUCCAAUCAGCCAACAGGAUCCCUCUCCGUGGUAACCACAGUCUGGGGGGUGACCAAUCCCUCGGCCAGCCAGGGUCUAGGUGGGGGAGGGAUGGGUCCCGGGAACAACCCAGGUGGCGGGCCCAUGAUGCAGGGACCCGGUGGGCCCGGUAUGGGUGGCCCUCCUGGAGGGUACAUGGGCCAACAGGGGUACCCUGAGCCCAACAAGGGCUACAUGGGCCAGGGCAUGUACGGCCGGUCCUCCGGAGGGUACCCGGGAGGAGCACCGGGCUAUGGGGGCAGCUACCAACAGGUACCGGGCGGUUCCAGGGGGUCAGAGUUCACCCAGGCAGCAACCGCUGCCGCUGUCGCCGCGGCCGCUGCCACGGCAACCGCCACCGCUACAGCAACAGUGGCUGCCAUCCAGGAGAAACACAACCAGGAAAUGAACUAUGGACAGAUGGGUGGAUCGGCCUACAACCAGCAGUUCAUGUCCCAUGCGGGCCCCCGCGGCCCCCCUGGUAUGUCCCAAGGUGGCAUGGGCCCUGGUCAGAGCAGGGCCCCCCCCUCAAUGGGCCCCAUGUACGGCCCCGGUGGACCCGCUCAGAGGAUGGCCCAGCAUCCAAACUACGGGCCCGGGCCCCAGCAAGGACCUCUACGACCGCAACAAGGCCUCAAACGGCCCUACAACUCUGAGUCGUUCCCCGGCGUACCCCAGCAGUACGGGCUCCAGGUGGGCUCCAGUGUGAACGUGAUGUCCGGCCCCGGGGGUCCAGGCCCUGGGGGAGCUGGGCCCCACCACCCGGGUCAGGGCCCCUACUCAGGGCAGAACAUGCAGUACCAUGGAGGUCCCGGUGGUCCUGGCCCCGCACCCCAGCGAUCUGGUCCCUCCCCUUCUUACCAGAACCACAAGAUGUCCCUCCCACAGUACCCCAACUCGGCCCCACCAAACUCACAAUACUACAAGGACCAGUUUAAUGGGCAGGGCGGUGCAUUAAACUCCUUAUCAGCAGGUGGCGCCGGUGGCACGUACAGCUCGUUCAACCAGCCUACUGGGCCGGGCCGAGGGUUGCCAGGUUACCCUAGUUCUCCCCUUCCCGGUAACCCCACCCCUCCCAUCACCCCUGGGAGUUCAAUGGCCCCACCCUACAUGUCUCCUAGCAACAGUGACGUCAAGCCAUCACCUUCUUCCUUCCUGCCGGACAUUAAGCCCAACAUGAGCAGCCUGGUUCCACCCCCUCCUUCCGGUAACCCUAGCGACGACCUUCGGCUGACCUUUCCUGUGCGUGACGGCGUGGUACUAGAGCCCUUCAGACUAGAGCACAACCUGGCCGUGAGUAACCACGUCUUCCAGCUGAGGGACUCUGUCAUCAAGACCCUGAUGAUGAGGCCAGAUCUGGAGCUGCAGUUCAAAUGUUACCACCAUGAAGAUCGGCAGAUGAACACCAACUGGCCUGCGUCUGUUCAGGUCAGUGUCAACGCCACCCCGCUGACCAUAGAGCGCGGGGACAACAAGACUUCCCAUAAGCCCUUGUAUCUGAAGCACGUCUGCCAACCAGGAAGGAACACCAUUCAGAUCACUGUCACAGCCUGCUGUUGUUCCCACCUGUUUGUCCUCCAGCUGGUCCAUCGGCCGUCUGUCCGCUCGGUUCUUCAGGGACUCAUGAAGAAGAGGCUUCUCCCUGCAGAGCACUGUGUUACCAAGAUAAAGAGGAACUUCAGCAGUGGGACGAUCCCGGGGACCCCCGGGCUCAACGGCGAGGACGGGGUGGAGCAGACCGCCAUCAGGGUCUCCCUCAAGUGUCCAAUCACAUUCCGACGUAUCCAGCUCCCCGCGAGAGGCCACGACUGUCGACACAUCCAGUGCUUUGAUUUGGAAUCGUACCUGCAGCUCAACUGUGAACGAGGGACGUGGCGCUGCCCUGUGUGCAAUAAAACGGCUCUUCUGGAAGGCUUGGAGGUGGACCAGUAUAUGCUGGGGAUCCUCAUCUACGUCCAGAGCUCUGAGUACGAGGAGAUCACCAUCGACCCGGUCUGCAGUUGGAAGCCGGUUCCAGUCAAGCCCGACCUCCACAUCAAGGAGGAGCCGGACGGGCCCGUGCUGAAACGCUGCCGAACGCUCAGCCCGAGUCACAUGGUCCUGCCUAGCGUUAUGGAGAUGAUCGCGUCACUAGGCCCCUCACCCUCCUCCUCUGGACCCUCCUCGAGGACCUCGUCCUCGCCCAUGCCCUUCCCCACCAUGCCUGCAGGGGGCAAUAGCAACAACGGCGGCAACUCUGACUACGGUGGACAAGGUGGGUACCCCGGCCAGCCUGGAGGCUUCCCAGAGUUCCCGGGAGUGGGAGGAGACUUCUCUUCUCCCGGGCCGCCCCCUCUCUCGUACCAGUCGGAGCUGCCCAGUGGCCUCCUCACCCCCGACAAACCUCCCCCACAUCCCAUGGGCCAACAGAUGUCUCUUCCAGGCCGGCUGGACCCCACUUCCCAUGCUGGUUCCCAGCAGCAGUCACAUGGUCUCCACGGUAACGCCCAGCCGGGGAGCGGUAACCAUGGCAACCAAAUGAUGCAGCGUGGCAACCAGAACCCCCGUCUCCAAGGCGACGGGUUUGGUCUGGGGGUGCCAGGGGGGUCUGAUGUUCCAGAACCUUCGUUGGAUUUGCUUCCAGAUCUGACCAACCCAGAUGAGCUGCUCUCCUAUCUGGGCCCCCCGGACCACCCGAGCAACAACAAUGACGACCUGCUGUCCCUGUUUGAGAAUAACUGAAUGGGAACAAGAUACAGACACACGCACACUCAAAAUACAACACACACACACACACACAGGAUACCACAUGAACACAGACACAGGAUACAGCACACGACCACACACACUUACACGUUUCCCAUGGCUCUCACACUCUCCCCCUGCUGGAGGGAGAGGCUCUAUUCAUGCUGGGCUGGUUCGACUCACAGCUCCUAUCUGUGUAUGUUGGUGCAUUCGUAGAGAUUCAACAAAGUCUUCAGGUCUUUUACUUUUGCCGAUCCCCAGAAACGAAGGAACUGUCGAGGCGCUAUGACUGACUUCCUGUAUAUUUAUGUAUUAAAUACAAUGUACCAGUUGUUGAAGCACCCCAAAUCCGCCACAACACUCCACAUGUGAAAUAGUCAUGGAGUUCGAUGUGGAUGCAAGAAGUUAGUUUUGCCUGUUUUUAGGAACAUUUAUGUGGGGUGAGAAUUUUAAAACUCAGAAACUAGAUGGACCCCGGCCUGUCAUUUUUUCAAUGCACUAGAUGUCCCUGAAACUGGUCCAGUGUGGAUAGCUGUCACUUUCCUCCCUCAUGCAGCACAGACACCAAACAAUGAGGACGUAAACAGACAAACUGACACACGCCCAAACUCAUCGACCGGGAAAAAAAGAACCCACGAAUGAUGUGGUGGGACCUCCUGUGGGGCUGGACUCGGGCAAGGCCUCGCCAGGACUCAAUGGGGCAAUUGACAAUAAGAAAAUGAUAAUACAACAACUUUUAAAUAUACAAAUUUGUAAUGUCUUAUGGUAACUGUAUUAUGUUUUUGUUUUUUUCUUUUUUUUUAAAUCUCAGAGAAAAAAAUGUAUUGAUCUUUCAUCGUCCAUUCCUAAUUGUGGAGCGCCAGCCUCCUGAGAGUGUUGGUCAAGCGGUGGGCCGGGACACACACGAAGCCACUGCUCCUGUUUCCUCACGCGACCAGUGUUUUUUAGUAAACCUCAGACUCCAAAAACGUUCUUUAUUUGAGUUCACGUGGUGUCCCCUCCUCCAACAUGAUCAGAGUGUAUGUUUUAUAACGAUUCGUCUUGCCAGGCACUUUAUGAUGCUCCCCGGUGCUUAUAGACCUUUACAUGGCAUCGCGGUGGGGAUUGUGAAGAUGUUGAUACUAUUUCAGACACCACUAAAGACUUGUAGAGAACGUUCGAGAGGCGGGGAAUAUGUGUUGAAUAUGACCUGACUGGUGGAAAACGGUUGGUUUUACAUCUGGCUGAUCGGGUCCCAAGGAGGGAUGACCAAAAUGUAUAUGAAUGAUACAGGUUUAGCUUCUCUCUCCAUUGUAUUUUGCUGAUCAAGGACGACUAGAUUUGACUUAACAAUUCAGUCCACGCAUUAUAUUUUUUUCUACACUUUUUCGAGAGAACGAAAAGAUUUGUUCACCUUUCCAGAUGAAUGGACCGGGAGAGUGAACGACUGAACUCAGACCCUGGGCCUUCGGACA